AUGGCGAAGACCACUCAGGGCAAGAGUAUUGUGCCAGAGCAGCACAGAGACCCAAUAACUGCAGAAGAGAUAGAAGGAACCUCACAACCUCAAGCAUCGAAUACAACAUCCACCACAAAGCGAACCAAUGCAUGUACGCUUAGUACGUCUCUCCCUCAUGGGUCAACCAAAGCUCAUGACGCAGUCGCAGAAUUAAUGUCAUCGAAAAAGCCUAAAUCCAGCACUGAGCCAGUCGAGUUACCUGCGAAGCCUAAAAUGCGAGGAUUUGACCCACGCGACGGCUUGGGUAUCUACAUCGAGCACCCUGAGAAGAACCCUGAGGGCCUCGUCGUAGAGUACGAUGACGACUUCGUAGUGAUCAAAGACAAGUUUCCGAAAGCAAGCGUACACCUCCUCCUCAUCCCGCGCAAACCAGAAUACCACUACCAGCACCCCCUGCACUUCCUGUCCAGCAACCCCACCUUCCUCGCCGAAGUACGGAAACGAGUAGAACGCCUCAAACUCCUUGCAGCCUCAGAACUGCGCCGUAAAUACGGCCACCACAGCGCCUCCGACGCUCCAUACCAGGCGGCCCUCGAAGACCUCAUGAGCCAGCUCGACCCACCACAAGCAUCUGAGCGCGACGCUCUUCUUCCACCCGGUCGCGACUGGCUGUCCGAAAUCAGAGCGGGCGCGCAUACACACCCGAGCAUGAACCAUAUGCACGUCCACAUCAUGAGUCGAGAGAUGCAUUCGCCAUGUUUGAAGCACAAGAAGCACUAUUUGAGCUUCCAUUCGAGUUUCUUUGUCGAAGUGGAUGAGUUUCCGCUCGCGGAGGGCAGUGCGAGGUUCCAUCCGGGAAAGUGGCCAAACUGGGACAUGAAGUGCUGGAGAUGUGAGGAGAAUUUCCAGAACAAGUUUGCGAAGCUGAAGGGCCACUUAGAGGAAGAGUUUGAGGCGUGGAAGAAGGAAUAA